AACGGAACUCCGGAUACACUUACACCGAUUCUAUAUGAUUUAUUUAUUUUUAUAUCUACUGAUUUAUUGUUUGUUUUGUGUGUUUGACAAGUGGGUUUUAAAGUAAUGUCUUAUAGACAACCUAACGUGUUGUUGGUGAGGGGGUCAGUGUUGAAGGCUAGGAAGGGAUUGCCUAAAUAUUGCAAUUAUUAUAACAAGGAUCUCCAAACAAACAAAUAAGUCAGAAUCAACUGAUUAAUUAUAGGUACAGCUAUUGGCUUGUCUUUAAGUUCUUCAUGGAAAGGUUUCCAAGACAGUUCAUUGGAGAAUCUCUUCUACUGGAAGUGCCCAGAUAAAGGAAUUCAACAUUGCCAUUCUUGACAACAACAUGACUGACACCACUACUGCUUCUACUGUCUCAUCUUUUACAAACCAUUAUACAUAAACUUCAGGAAAAUAAAAAGGAAAUUGCCACCAUAAAUAUUUUCAUAAACUGAACCAAUAAGCAUAAGUUUUUAGAAGGAAAACAAGGCAAAAAUACACACUGCUGUCUGUGUAAUUGACUACGAAAAACCAAUCUGAUGUUCGAAAUAUUUAGUUAUCGUCAGUGGAGAUCAGUAUUAAUGUGUGUCUGUAGAUAUAUAAGUAUAUAAAUGUAAAAAGACACAGGUACACACACACACACACACACACACUCACACAAAUAUCUAGAUAGACAGAUAGAUAGAUAGAUAGAUAUUGUUGGAAGUUAAGUUGGUAAAUAACUAGAGACAGUUAUAUAGAUAAAUAAUGUAUAAAUAUAAUAUAUAGAUAGCAUUGACACCAAUAUAUCUAGAAAUUAGUAGUUAGAAAGAUAGAUGAAUAAACAGGUUAAGAGACAGAUUUAGGUUGAAAAAUUUAAGCUGAUAAAAUAUAUAUUUAUCAACAUCAACAGAUGUCUAGGGAUGAAGGGUGAUAGAUAUAAAACUGUGACUGUAAAUGUAUAAUCUGCUGUUUUACUGAUAUUACUAUAAUGCAUACUCACAGCUUAUUAUGAGAGAAGGGAGAAAAAAUAAUAAUAUAUAAAAAAAAAAUUAAUAUUUUAUUAAAAGUGUUAAGUCAAAUUCAUGAGUGCGUGACUGCAUACAUGGUGCAAUGUUUUUAUCAUUUUACAAGGACAUUUUGGCUGCAAUGUACCUGUUAAUUGCAGGAUAAGGUCAACAGCAACAGACAUAAUUUACACUCAAUGAACCACAGUUCUGGAGUAUCUCAUAUGUAACUAAUCUAAACUACAUUUAAGCAAGUAAUAGUGUUAGAUGUAGCAGCAGCAGUAGUAGUAUAGCCAAAACUAGAUAUUUUAUAGAACACAACUGGAAGGUAUUUGUGAAUUGAAUCCAUAAUUAGUUUGUGAUUGUUUCACUUCACUUCUAUUUGGUUGCUAAUGCCUUUCAUAGUAUUAACAUUGCACUGUUUCAUUCCCUGAUCUCUGUAAAUCUGAGAUAUGUGAAUAAUUAGGAAGUUAUUGUUGUUGUUAUUAUUUAUAGUAGUGUUGUGGUUGAUGGCAUAGCACAGCAAUGAAUACUUGUUUUCUAACUUUGCCUACUUUAUUAAAGCCCUUAAGAAAGGUAUGAACAACACGAUAUCACCUUCCAUAUUCUCUUCUCUACAUGUUUAAGACAUCAUGUUUAAUUAAGAAAAUUCUUUCAUCAUUAGAUCGCCACCAUCAUCAUCAUCAUCAUUAUUAUUAUUAUUAUUAUCUUUAUUAUUAUUAUUAUUCUCUAAGAAUUUGUGUAAAUGUGUGAAUUUGCAGAAGCUGUCAACCCAUGGCUAUAGUGUGGAGAAAACAAAUGUAAAAACAGGAAUAUAUAAAUGGAAAUAAAACAUUACAGUUGUUAACUGUAGGGUCAAUAAAAUUGCAAAAUAAACGCCCUACUGUCAUUGUUGUUACCAUCAUCAUCAUCAUCAACAGUAACAUCAUCAUCAAUCAGAACUGGCUUAGCUAUUUUUUUCCAGUCAUCUGAUGUAAACUUGUUGCACUCAAACUCACUUGCUACCCCUCUUUUUUCCUCACAAGCAAUCUCACUCAUACUCAAAUGUAAAAGUCACACAGUUACCUGUGUGACUUUUACAUACUUAUUCAUAUAGACUGAUCCAUAGAACAUUUUCAUUGUAAAGACAUAUUCAUACUGCACAAUCUCCUGCUCAUACACAUGUGAAGAAUACACAAACAGACUCUCUCUUACACUACAGACUCAAUGAUAUAAACACCAGUCUCUGAAAAGAAGAUUUCAUUACAUUUAACCCUGAUUACCCAAAUUCUUCAGUCUAUGAGGACAUGAAAAGCUACAAGUAUUUCCCUACUUAUUUUAGACUAACAGUUAAAGAGGAAAAAAACAAGACAGUAGAAAGAAACAGCUACCCAUAGUUUCAGUUUGGAGAAAAUUAUUUCACAAAUUAUUUCUGUAAAUAUCAAUUCUUCAUAGACAUAUAUAUCUAAUCAACAGGGUUGAUGGAUAUAUCCACUUGAUUUCGUUGGUAAUUACAAGUCAGGUGACACACUAUUGGCGCAACAACAAUGUUGAUAUUUAGUAAUUGAUGGAAGGUGGUGGCUCUUCUCAUGUUUGCAUUGCACAGAAGUUGGAGACCAGUUCUCAUCAUUUAUAUCAUCUAUUAAAAAUAAUCUGUUGUAACUUCUACAAUCCUUAAUUAUUUAAAAAUAUUAAUUUGAUAUUAUUGUGUUAAGUUAAAGGAGUGGGGGCAGGCAGGUCACAUCGAACUCAUCCUUUUCAAUUUGCUAUCUCAUUCAUAUCAUAGACAUCAGAAAACAUAAAUACACACACACACACACACACACAUACACCCAUGCAGAGAAAUUGAGAGAGAGAGAAUGGAAAGUUAACAGAAAAAUAAGUAAUGAAACCAAUAUUUAUGAGCCCAAAUGAUUUAUUCAUAAAGUAGGGCAUGAUUUUUCUAGUUUCUGUUGUAUUAAAAAGCUCUUUUUGAUCUAUUCCUGGAUAGAAGGCUAGUCUGUUGCUGGCUAAUUUCACUGCUAUCACCAUCAGCAGACUCUUUAAGUGAUGCCUGUUUUAUCCAUUCUACUGAAAAAGUUUGACAAAAUACAAACCACAAAAAAAAAAUAAUAAAAGGGUAUGAUAAAGUAAAUAGUCAGUUUAGGUGGAUACAGCUUAAUUAUGUUAGAUGUAAAUGAGGUGUUUUUGAUAUUGACCUAAUAUCACUUCCUGCAUUCAUAGACCAGCUGCACUAAGCACCCACUUUAAAAAGUAUAUGUGCAAAAUAUAUAACAAGGGAAGAUCUGCGGAAGAUAGUGAAUUGGUUCCAGUAUUUAAGUUAUUCUCUUCAGCCUGGUGAGUUUUUUUUUUUCAUUCCAACUAUGGACUGCAAGAGACUUCUGCUGCAUCAAGACAAUAAAUCAAUGUUAUAGAAUUUGGAUGUUAACUCUUUACAAGAUUGCUCUUCACAAUUUGCUUUGAUUUUUAAUUUUUUAUAUGCUUAUUUUGUAGCAUAUACAUACAUCAGUAUACUUUUUACACUGACAACUAUUUGUAAUAUACCUUAAAUGAAUUUAAAUACAGAUAUUUAUAUACAGGUAUAAGUAUAUAUAUAUAUAUGUUAUAUGUAUAUAUACAUAUAUAUAUCCAUUUUCAAAAUUCCACUCUAACCCUCCAAAAGAAAUUUUUCAUUAUCUCCCUUCUCUUUCUUGACCAAUCUACAUUCAGUGCAAACUGAUCAUAAUGGAAAAAUCUUUCACAUGUGAAAUUUGUCAAAAGACAUUCACCCGUCGGUCAAACUUGACCCGACAUGUCUCAAACUGUCAUAGAGACAGAGAAGUAGUGGAAAAAUCAGAGAACAAUGUCAGAAUGGAAGAAACCAACGAUGUCAGCUUGAGCAACAGCCCAAUGGGUGUAUUUUCCUGUAACAUAUGCCUACAAGGCUUUACUUUGAACUCUCAACUUCAAGCUCAUGCUCGGGAACAUGAGGCAGAAAGUGGUGUCAGUAGUGAGAACAUAAACUCAGUUGUUAAUACUGAUACAAAAAGUGAUGAAGUCAGUUCUAGUGUCGAGAGUCUUGGCAUGGUGAACCCUUGUAUUGUGAACCCUUCUAUUAGCCCAAUUAUUACUGCUGAUAACAAUAAUUUGAAUAAUGUUGGUCCUGAUGUUGCUUCUUCAGAAGUUGUUGUUACCACAGAUGUGUUAAAUCAUGAUGUCACUUCUCCAGUUAUGGUUGUCAAUGGUGUUGUACGUGGUGAUACUGCUGUUACUCCCAAUCUAAUCAACGAAACUAUAAACACCACCACCACCUCCACCACUGUCUCAGCUAUAUCUUCCUCACCAUCUCUUUUGGUUCGUCACUCAAGUCCUUACUCCUGCUCCAUUUGUCAACGAGGCUUCUCCCAGCGAUCACAUCUUGACGCACAUGUUCGCAUACACUCGGGAGAGCGGCCCUACCAGUGUAACCAGUGCGGGGCAGCCUUCUCUCGAAGAGGUAACUUGGUGCGUCAUCGGCUGUCUCAUGGAGGUGAACGAAAACACAAGUGUACUGUGUGUGGACGGAGAUUCUCGCAAAAGUCACAUCUUCAAGUCCAUUUACGGAUACACACUGGUGAACGACCUUACAAGUGUGACCGUUGUGGUUAUGCCUUUUCUCGCAAUGGUAAUCUCGUCCGGCAUCGACGAGCCAACAGCAGCGGCAAGCGUAAAUACAGUUGUGUACCUCCCACAUUACUGUCAACAUCAAGUGGACAACAGUCAACAUCAAACACAUCUUCAUCACAAGCUGCUCUCAUAUCCAUGUGCCAAAAUAAUUUGGCACAGACACAAAUACAAACUAAAAAUGUGGUGAGUGGUUCAAGUCAGAAGGGAGUGAAGACCCAUGUUAGUAACAGUGCUGAAGGCAAGAAUGCAGCAGCCUUACAUCAGCAACAAUUACUGCAAACCACCUCCAAUACAACUACCACUACUGCAGUGGUAGCAACAGCACCAACUGCUGCAAGUACCAAUGUGGUUCAAUUAGCAAAUGUCCCCUAUCAAAUAAUGACAGCUCUUCCAAGUCCCCUAAAUGCCAUUCAGCCAGUGACUAGUUACCACUCCCUGGCUAAUGUCCCCCAUCAGCUAGUCACUGUUCCACAACCAAUUAGUGUCCACCAACUGGCCAGUCUAGGUAAUAUUGCCAGCAUCCCUCUUCACAUUGAUGUACCAACAACUUAAAACUGUGUUUAAUGUAACAUUGUGAUGCUUGCAAGCAUUCAGCAUAAAUGUGCAAAAAAAAAA